CCAAGACUAUUAUAUACAGCGUACAGCUGCCAACAAUCAAGAACAAUAAUAGUAAUCAGACGAUAGGGUACAACGCCGUCACUCGCUCUGCCCUUGUCGACCCAUGUCCUGGUAACGAUCAAACGCAAAUCCUCCGAGCACAUCCCAUCUUUUCCUUCCUUCUUGACGUCAUAUAAACUCGAGGGCAACUUCCUUUCCUCUGGGAAACUUCUACACGAUCUUUCACAGUCCACACUCGACUCGAAACCUAUCAGACUCUUGCAGUCUAGACGCAGGAACAAGAGAGCUUGCAGCUUGAAACGUCGGCAGUCGAUCGUUGGACACGAGCCAGAUCCUCCCGCGUGAUAGCCAGGCAGGCAGUGAAACGCACAACGUCCUCGCAGUCAUCAUCAUUUUGAUCACCAUCGCCUGAGGCUGAGAAAAAGAAAACAAGAACAAUCACAAGCCUGAAUACAUCUCAAUAUGCCCGCACGCGAUCCUACGGCCUCGCCGCACAUCUCGAGUACGGGUGGUCCACCCUCUCGACGAACCUCGAUACAACAUACCGGACCCAUCAAGGACCUGAACGACCCGCAGAACCCUCAUCGACCGACGUCCCCCGGGUCUAGCGGGAUCAGCGGUUCCAACGUCCAUCACCACAGUUCAUUGUCGAGGAGCAUCGGUGCACCUCGAGCUCGUAGAGAGAGCUUGACCGGGAUGACGAGCAAUUCCAAGGGGAAACGGCGGACGGGUUGGUACGGCCUAGGACAGGACGACGCCGACCGACAGGGCGAGUCGAGCGUGACGUUUGAAGCUGGAGGCGAGGUCGAGGAUGCGACCAGCCCGCCUAGUCAAAACUCGUUGACCGCAGCCGCCAUCCGUGAUCGGACGCUCAAUCUGGCCGCCUCGCUCGCCUCGCAAUCGUACGGUUCUUCAGGGUUCGAAGAGCCUGCCAGUCAGCGGCGGGAGGAUCAUGAGGAUUCGAUAGGACGGCCGUUUGGUGGAACACGACUGUCGAGGAUCCUUGACUCUAGUCUCGACCUCACCAAUACUGCCAACAACAAAGAUCAGGUCUCUCCGAGCAAAGACAUGUAUGCCAAAGAGACCCUUGGCACGGGUGCGAGUCCAGACGGUCGGUUGGGAUCUCCGACGAGCGGACCCAGCGCGCUCAGCCUGAUGCUCAGCCGGUCUGCCUCUUUGCGUGCCUCUCCCAACCAGAGCGCAGAGAGCUCACCCAACAAGCACGCCGGGUCGGCUAUCUUACCGAAAGACGACGGGAACACACUGCAGAAAGGCGGUAGCACCGACAUACAGGCUAGCGGCGCCAAUGGACUUAUUGGUCUACUCGACACCGACGCAGCCGCUCGACGGCACAAGGACAAGGAAGAGAUUUCCCCCGGGUCUUCGUUGGGCCAAGAGACGCCUCGUCCCGGAGCAUAUAGGACGCUGGCUAGCCUGUCGUCUUCCACCCAGACCAUCCGACCGAGUGGACCCGUGGGCAGGGCGAUCACCCCGACGUCGGACGAAGACGUCGUCGAGAGAAGCGGCAAGGCAUCGGAGUCGACUCCGCUGUUGCAUACCAUUCGCGAGACGGGACGAUCAGGAUCCAGGUCUAGAUCGCCGCCCGUUCGUUCGACCAACAGCGUCGACUCUAUCGCUGGCAAGAUUGGGAACUCUCAGUCCCAGCCGACUUAUUCCAGCACAGACGACACCAAGAACAUUGACGAUGCAGACGGACCAUCCCCCGGCCCAAACCGAGUUCGAGGACUCGUCAAGACCAUGAGUUCGUCCGCAAAGGAAGCUGUCAACGUCGUUCGAAAAUCGACCUGGAAGGAUGUCGGUAGAGCGGUCGUGCUUGAACCUCUGUCCAACAUUCCUGCCGUCGUCCUGGGUCUAAUGUUGAAUGUGCUGGACGGCGUCAGUUAUGGUAUGAUCACAUUUCCAGCGAGUCCGGUAUUCACGGAUUUCGGUUCCAUCGGGGUUUCCAUGUUUUUCAUGUCAUGUAUCAUUAGUCAGCUUUCUUACACCUUGGGAGGCAGUAUCUUUCGCGGAGGAAACGGUUCCAUGAUGAUUGAAGCUGUCCCCUUCUUUCACAUCUUGACAAAUAUCAUCACUACUGAGAUCGGAGACAAUGACCGUGCUAUCAUCGCCACUACCAUGGUGUCAUUUGCAUUUAGUGCCAUCUUGACAGGUCUGGUCUUUUUCGCUUUGGGUGCUUUCAAGUUGGGCGCUCUGAUCGGCUAUUUCCCUAGACAUAUCCUGGUCGGAUGUAUCGGGGGCGUGGGUAUCUUCUUGCUCGAAACAGGACUCGAAGUGUCUCGUGGACUGAAAGAAGAAGGUUUCGAAUACAACUUGACAACGCUCAAGUUCUUCUUCGAAUCUCCUCACGCCAUCGCACUCUGGGGAAUUCCGCUCGCUCUGGCAAUCAUCUUGAGGAUCAUCACCCAUCGCUUUCAUCAUCAACUCAUUUUUCCCGCAUACUUCUUCAUCAUCCCGGUCGUGUUCUACAUUGUGGUUGCCAUCGGUCGCUGGGACAUGGCCACGUUGCGAGAGAAUAAUUGGGUGCUAGAUGUCGGGAAGCAGUCCCGACCAUGGUACACUUUCUAUACCUUGUUCGACUUCAAGCAAACAAACUGGAAAGCGUUCUGGGCGUGCAUUCCCACCCAGCUAGCGCUUGUGUUUUUCGGAAUUCUGCAUGUACCACUCAACGUUCCCGCACUUGGUGUCUCGCUCAAGGAGGAUCAUGUCAAACUCGACCGGGAACUCCUAGCUCACGGAGUGUCCAAUAUGGCAGCCGGUUUCUUUGGCACUGUUCCGAACUAUCUUUGUUACGUGAACACAGUAUUGUUCUACCGAGUGGGAGGCGGCUCUCGACUUUCAGGCUUGAUGCUGGCGGGGGCUACGACCAUUAUUAUGACGGUCGGACCAUCUGUCAUCGGCUACUUGCCUGUCUGUGUUGUCGGAGCCCUGAUCUUUGUGCUCGGUAUCGAUCUUGUCACCGAAGCGAUUUGGGACACCAGGAACCGGGUCAACCGCAUGGAAUAUAUCACUGUCUGGGCCAUCGCUAUCGGCAUGACAAUCUUCGACUUCGUAUUGGGACUCUUGCUCGGCGUCGUACUCGCGUCUCUCUUCUUCGUCAUUCAGAAUUCGCGACGUCGUCCGAUCCGUGCUGUAUUCAGCGGGGCUACCGCCAAGUCUACCGUCCGCAGACCGCACGCUCAGAGGCAGUUCAUCCAACAAGUCGGGAGUCAAACCUGUGUCAUGAAGUUGCAGGGAUUCCUCUUCUUUGGCACCAUCACUCGUGUCGAAGACGAGAUUAGGAGGCUACUAGAUAUCGCUGCAUGGCAACACAAUCCGAUCCGCUUUCUCAUCGUGGACUUUGCCCUGGUGGGGGGUCUCGACUACUCUUCGGCAGAGGCCUUUGUGCGGAUCCAGCGACUCUUAAGCCAGAAGGAUGUCUUGCUUAUCCUAUGUGGCGCCAGCCCUGAUGGACUGGUCGGACAAGCGCUGCAAGCGGUUGACCUCUGGGCAGACCAGGAAGGUACUCGAAUCGAAGUUUUCGAUGGCUUGAAUUCGGCUUUGGAAUGGUGCGAGAAUGCUUACUUAACGGCAUUCUACCAAUCUACUGCCUUCAAAAAGGAGCCUACCCGGCAGAUCGACUUCCCUACCGUUUCAAAACCACCUUUCGCCCUCAGCGAUUCAUAUUCGCAUAGCCCACGGCGUAGUCAUCUGGCCGAAGCUGGCGGUUCGACUCGGCCUUUCCAAUCUACCCCUGUGACUCCGGCUGAAGAUAGGGACAAGCCUGCAGGUCCCGCCAAAAUCGCUUUCAAACAGCCUCUGCCACUGCUCAUGCAAACCUUUGCCGGUUACCAUACCCGCGACAACCCUCAUGACUUCUUCUACCAGGUCAUGCCCUACUUUACGCCCGUCUCAGUGGCCGUUGGAGACGUGAUCUGGAACCAAGGCGACAUGGCGGAUGCUCUCUAUCUCAUCGAGUCUGGCUGCCUCAGAGCUACCUAUACUUACGAGGACCACACGGAGCCGCUUCAAGAGACAAUGGUGGCUGGAACCGUUGCGGGAGAGAUGACUGCGCUUAGCGGAACACAUCGAAACGCUACUGCCGUAGCGGAACGAGAUGCGCAGCUUUGGAGACUGAGCAUCGAAAGUCUCGAACGUUUACAGCGCGAGAAGCCGGAUGUUGCUAAAGACUUUAUCAAGCUGGUCCUUAAGGUCGCGGCAGAGGAAGCCGACGUGUUGUCAAGUCAUCUUAUCGCUGUUUUGUCGUAA